GUGAGCACUAGAAGGGACCUGCACAGGGUGCUGUAGGAGUAUAGAGAAGGAGUCUCAAGUGCAGCUAUGGGCAAUCAAGGAGAAUGAGAAGGCAGCAUCAAAACUGAAACCAGGGGAGCUGCAUACAACAGUCUUCAGUUCACGAUCUUCUAGUUGCAGCGAUGAGUGCACGAGUGAGAUCAAGAUCCAGAGGAAGAGGAGAUGGCCAGGAGACUCCCGACGUGAUUGCAUUCACGGCUCCCCGUGAAUCUCAGCAAGAGGAACCACCAACUGAGAAUCAGGAUAUUGAACCUGGACUAGAGAGAGAAGGAACACCUCCCAUUGAAGAACGUAAAGUGGAAGGUGAUUGCCAGGAAAUGGAUCUGGAAAACGAUGGCAAUGAGGAUGGAGAUGAUUCUGGUGUAGAAGAGAAGACUCCACCUAAUCUGGACCAUGCUAAGAUUCCAGAAGCAGGAGAUGGGCAGCCAUAAGUUAAAGAGAAGACAAGCUGAAGCUACACACAUGGCUGAUGUCACAUUUUCAAUGUGACUGAAAAUUUGAAAAUUCUCUCAAUAAAGUUUGAGUUUUCUCUGAAGAA